AUGACAUCCGCUACAGAGCUUCAGCAGAAGAUUUUCAAGCGCAUGGGCUUGGAUGUCCCAGAAUACAAGCCCCCAAGGAGCGGACGACCGAAGGCUGGUCAGCAGGUUACCCGAAAAGAGCAGCGAAAGGCACAGCGAGUGCAGAAGAAGUCUCAUACAUACGCAAGGCCAGCUCAGGAGCGACCACAGUCAGCAAGUCAUGCCCAAAAGAAGUCGGGUGGCCCGCAAAGAAAGCCACCAGUUAACAGGCCUCAGUCAAGGCCUUCUAAACAGAUCAGCGAGGAUGAAGAGGACGAGGACGAAGAUGCUGGAGAUAUGUCCUUAGGCGAGGAUGGUGAUGUAGACGAUCUCUUCGACAAGGACGAGAGCGAGGAUGGGGACGGGGACGACGACGACAACGCAGAAAUGACAUCCCCGCAUAAAAGCGCUAACAAGAGCGUUUCAAAGGCUGUACAGGAAAGACUCGCCCAAGAUGAUGCUGAGAUUGAGGCUUUUGAGCGAAAACUGGGCAUCAAGAAGGGACGAAAAUCCUUGCCCCAAUCUUUCAAGGAGGACGGCCUCGGCGAUCUUAUGGGCGAGCUCAGCGGCGAAGAUGAUUUGAGCGACGACGACAACGACAAUAAAAAGAGAAAGAGCGAAUAUGAUGACUGGCUGGCAUCAAAGCGAAGGAAAACGACCGAAACUCAAAGCCAGUCCAAGAGUCUCGAGAUGGAUGACCUGGAUAAGGGAUCUGCAAAGGAAGAUGACGAUCUGGACUCGAUGGAUGAGGAUGAGGAUGAUGUUGGCGAUUUUGAUGACGAAUCAUUCGGUGGCUUCGACGACGACGACGCUGCUGAAAAUGGCAAGCCUGCCGAACCACGACAAAGAGAGAAUCCUUAUGUGGCGCCCACUGCUGGAGUCGCGGUUGCGAAAUAUGUCCCCCCCUCGUUGCGAAAAGCUGCAGGCUCAGAAGCUGAACGCAUAAGUCGACUACGAAAACAAGUGCAGGGCUUGAUUAAUCGCCUGACAGAUGCAAAUAUCCUCUCUAUCGUCAAGUCUAUCGAAGAACUCUAUCAGAACAACGCUCGCGGUGAUGUGUCAGACGUCAUUACCGACGCGAUCAUGGCUCAGAUUUGCAAGCCAGAAACCCUGCCCGAUCAAUUCUUUGUACUUACCGGUGGCUUUGCGGCUGCUACCUAUCGAUUAGUUGGGUCGAGUUUUGGUUCGGUCUUGAUUCGCCGCAUCGUUGAAAACUUUGGAAGCCAUUACGAGCAAGCCAGCAAGGAACUUUCCGCCGAGUCAGCUAUUCAAAAGGAGGCAUCAAACAUCCUGACACUGCUCACGCAGCUUUACGUGUUUGAAGUUGUCACCUGCAAAAUUAUCUUCGACUACAUGGAGAGGCUUCUCAGCGACCUCAACGAGAUCAACGUGGAACUUCUUCUACGCAUUUGCCGUAUGGCUGGUCGAAUACUGAAGCAAGAUGACGAGCGAACACUAAAACACGUUUCCGGCGUGCUUAAUCAAUCUGUUUCAAAGGCGGGGUUCAACAACGUCUCUGCUCGUACGAAGUUCAUGGUUGAGACGAUCACGGAUCUUACAAAGGGCAAACGCAAGGCCAGAGGUCUGGACUUUACCGUCGUCUCAGAGCAUGUGCAGCGUAUGAAGAAGCGACUUGUUGAACUAAAGUCUCAAGCACGGCGACUUAAUGGCCUCUCCCCUUUGGCCGUGGGCUUGGUAGAUAUCGAAGAGGCCGAAACGCGGGGCCAGUGGUGGUUACCGAGUGCCAGUGUGCCAAAUACCUUGAUGGACAAGAGCAAGAAAGGACGUACAUCCGAUACAGAGAUGAGUGAUCAUGAAGACAUGGAUAUCGUGUUACCUGAUUACCCUAAAAAGGCUCGAGCCCAAGGUCUGAACGGAACACCACAAAUUGCCAUCUUCACAGCCUUGAUGACCGCAUCAAAUUUCGAACACGCCUAUAGGCAAUUCGUCAACCUGAAACUCAAAAAGGAUGAUCAAUUGGCUCUUGCCACUGUGUUGGUUCAGUGUGUAGGCAGCGAGAUGCAGUACAACCCCUAUUAUGCCCUUGUAGGCGGAAAGGCAUGCCUGCUUAACAGCAGAAUUAGAUUCGCCAUUCAGGAUCGGCUGUGGAAAAUUUUCAGGAGUCUUGGAGAAUCAAUGUUUGGAGAAGCCCCUGAAGAAGAUGAGACAGCCGACGCUGAACGUAUGAAAGAUGAGAGGCGUAUCACCAACGUGGCCAAAUUCUACGCGGCCCUUGUUGUUGAUGGCACAUUAUCCAUUGUUAUCCUCAAACCCCUGGAACUGCCCGAGGCAAACCACUGGGCGUCAAUGUUUGUGCAGCUAUUCAUCAUUGCUCUUUUGAAAGAAUGCCGCACCAAGAACAAAGAUUCCAAGGAGAACAAGCUGGAGAAGAUCUUUGGUGCAGCACGAGAGUUGCCAGGCUUAGCUGCCGGAAUCCAUUGGAUCUUACGCAAGAAGAUCCGUAAGACGAAGUUGAUCAGUGCUAAAGAGUUGAAGAAGCUAGAGGACGUUUCUGAGAAGGCGCAGACUACUGUACGGCCUGCAGCAAUAGAGAUAUAG